AUGACCAAAACAAUGUUCCUAAAGUCUCUGUUGCCACAUAAGAGACAUUUUCGUAAACAAACAAGAGAAAAUGAAGACGGAGCGUCCGUUGCAACUGAAAAUCACUCUGAAUCAUCCAUGUCCCCUGCCAAUUCUGCUGAACUGCAUACGCAAAAGGAGGAGGAAUGUCUCCGAAAAUUAAAAGAGGAUUGCCACUUGAGAAAAAUGUCUGCCUCUGAUAUGACCAUCUUUCGAUUUGCUUGCUUUUACGACUUUGUCUAUGAAAAGGCUCGAUCUGCCCUUGUUGAAAAAUACAAUGAUCCCCAUCUAAGCAUGCAAAUGGAAGACAAGCUGUGCGAACAGUUCCAAAACAAGGUUAUCUUUCCCCUACCGGGUCUCAGGACCAAAAACAAAAAGCAAGGGGUAGUCUACUUCCAUGCCGCCCGUCACUUCACAGCGACAAUGGAUACUGAAAUGCUUGUCAGUAACAUGACCUAUAUUUUCAACGACAUGAGCUUGACCGAAGAACAAUGCCGCAAUGGAGUCGCAAUGAUAAUUGAUUUAAACCACUGGACACUCAAGAACUUCACACCCGAAUGCUCCAACAAGUUUUUCAAGGCAUUGCAGUACCAAGUGCCGACAAAGGUCGAAACAGUUCUCAUUGUAAACGCUCCACGCUGGUUCCCAAAGCUUUAUCGCCACUUGUUCAAGAAGAUGAUGGCCAAAUCAUUCUCUAAGAAAGUGCACAUCUUGAAGAAAUCAGAGCAGCUACAAACCCACUUGGCGGAAGGCUACGAAAAGUAUCUGCCAGUAGAAAUGGGAUAUUGGGUCGACUCGACAGAGAUCGUUGAUGAUUUCAUCGACUGGAAGCGUCAUAAUGAAGAAUCAUCAUCCAAUCGCUGA